AUGGGUUCGAAGCACCAAUUAACAGAGCCGGCUGAGGAGACUUUUGAGUCGUCAGCGAAGCACCAAUCCACCGUGCCGACCGUUGGGCCGCCGAAAAGCCUCUUCCUCGCGCUUCUCGCGUUCAGGUUACUCAACAGUCUCGCAGUGCAGACCUAUUUCAACCCGGACGAGUUCUGGCAGGGACCGGAGGUGGCUCACCGGAUGGUGUUCGGCUACGGCUAUCUCACGUGGGAGUGGCAGCCUGAGUGGGCAGCUCGCUCCUUCCUCCACCCGCUGCUCUUCGCUGCUGGUUACCGCCUGCUCGCCCUCUUACGCUGCGACACGCCCUGGCUCGUUCGCCACUCGCCGCGAUUCAUGCAGGCAGCCAUGGCAGCACUGGCGGAUCUGCGUCUCUACGCCCUCACUCAAAGGCUCUUCCCUUCGCACCCCUCCGCUGCUGCAUGGGCGCUUCUCUGCAAUCUCACCUGCGGGUUCCUCCUCUUCUGCGCAACACGCACCUUCUCCAACUCCCUCGAGGCCUCCCUCGCUGUCAUCGCCCUCUCCUACUGGCCCUGGCGCCACUGCCAGGGGGACACUGAGGGCGCGCAGGACACGGGUGAGGGGACACAGGGGCGCACUGAGGCCGCCAAAGGGAGAGGUGCUGAGCAAGGGAGAGGAGGAGUGCAAUUGUCUGCAACCGCUCUGGUCACUGAUCUUGGGGGAGCCAACCGGCCACUGGCCCUCGCCUUGGCAGCAGCAGCGUGCAUGGUUCGUCCCACCAGCACUCCCUUCUGGCUGCCCCUGGGUCUGCACGAGCUUGCUCUGCUGCUGCUGGAGGGGACGUUGAAGGGAGGGAGGGACAGCAGCAGGGGCAGAUGGGAGCGGGUGCGGCUGCUGCUCCUAGAAGUGCUGCCUAUCGGCCUGAUAGCUGUCGCGAUCACAGUGGCUGUGGACAGCUGGCAGUACGGCCAGCCAAUGGUGUUCACCCCCCUGAACCUUCUCCGCUUCAACGUGCAUCUCAAGGGCUCCAGUCUGUACGGCAGCAACCCCUGGCACUGGUACUGGUCGCAGGGCCUCAUAGCCAUGCACGGCACUUUCUUCCCCCUCGCCUGCCUUGGCCUCCUCUGGUGCUCCUUCCACCCUUCCGCGCCCUCUGACUCCCCACCUCGUUAUACGCAUCUUCACCAUCUUCACCAUCUGCUGCAGCACCUGCAGCAGGGUCUGGUGUGGUGGUCGGUGCGCCUGCCCUUCCUGCUGGCCCUCUGGCUGCCUCUCUUCUACUCCCUCUCGGAUCACAAGGAGCACCGCUUCAUCCUGCUCUCGCUCCCUCUCCUCAACACAUACGCUGCUCUCGCCCUCUCUCUCCUGAAUGAGGAGAGGGAGAGAGAGCAUUCAAGACUCGCCACCACCUGUAACAACUGCAACACCAGCAACACCAAGCCUCACACACCCGGCCAAUCGCCUCCGCUCCAUCAAGCAUCUAACUCCUUGAAACCGCCCGAACCAUCUCAAUUACCCAACCCGUCCCAAAGAUCCACAUCAUCUCGUUCCGGCCCAGCAGAUCAAUCAUGGCGCGCCUUCCUGUCCCCCUUCCUCCACCCACAAUCGCCCCUGUUCCGCCUACUCCUCACAGCAGCCUUCCUCCCCCAGCUCCUGGCCGCUCUCUACCUCUCCACCACCCACCAGCGAGGCACCAUUUCUGUCAUGCCCUUCUUAGAGGGCGAGAUCAACGGGAUUCUGCAGACCCACUCAACACCAUCAAGGGACGUGGGGAGGGGAGGAGGAAUUGAGGGGGAGGGGGGAGGAAAUGAAGGGGGGGAAGGAGUGAGGGAGGGGAGAGUGGAGGUGUUGUUUCUGAUGCCUUGCCACUCCACGCCCUUCCACUCCCACCUCCACAACCCCGCAGUCACACUCACCAUGCUCUCAUGCGCCCCCAUCCUCACAUUCCCUUGUGCUGCCAUUCCCCCACAGUUGUCCCUCUUCUCGUUUGCUCGACUCCCUCCCACUCCCACAUUUCCAACACUGAACCACAUGUAUCCGUCACAUCCCACUACACCGCUCUGCAAUCCUUUCCUCUCGCCCCACCUCUUCCCCUCGUUUCGCUCCCCAUCACUCCCUCCAGCCCAUCCCAACGGCACCAUCACCAUGUGUCGUGAAAGGGAAUUUGAAGCCCAUCCCAACGGCACCAUCACCAUGUUUCGUGAAAGGGAGUUUCAAGGUUUGCAUGUCUGGUGUAAGGGAGUUUCAAGGCCCAUCCCCAUUCCCCUCCCCUCCCUCUACACCACAUCCCCAUCCCCAUUCCCCUCCCCUCCCUCUACACCACAUCCCCAUCCCCAUUCCCCUCCCCUCCCUCUACACCACAUCCCCAUCCCCAUUCCCCUCCCCUCCCUCUACACCACAUCCCCAUCCCCAUUCCCCUCCCCUCCCUCUACACCACAUCCCCAUCCCCAUUCCCCUCCCCUCCCUCUACACCACAUCCCCAUCCCCAUUCCCCUCCCCUCCCUCUACACCACAUCCCCAUCCCCAUUCCCCUCCCCUCCCUCUACACCACAUCCCCAUCCCCAUUCCCCUCCCCUCCCUCUACACCACAUCCCCAUCCCCAUUCCCCUCCCCUCCCUCUACACCACAUCCCCAUCCCCAUUCCCCUCCCCUCCCUCUACACCACAUCCCCAUCCCCAUUCCCCUCCCCUCCCUCUACACCACAUCCCCAUCCCCAUUCCCCUCCCCUCCCUCUACACCACAUCCCCAUCCCCAUUCCCCUCCCCUCCCUCUACACCACAUCCCCAUCCCCAUUCCCCUCCCCUCCCUCUACACCACAUCCCCAUCCCCAUUCCCCUCCCCUCCCUCUACACCACAUCCCCAUCCCCAUUCCCCUCCCCUCCCUCUACACCACAUCCCCAUCCCCAUUCCCCUCCCCUCCCUCUACACCACAUCCCCAUCCCCAUUCCCCUCCCCUCCCUCUACACCACAUCCCCAUCCCCAUUCCCCUCCCCUCCCUCUACACCACAUCCCCAUCCCCAUUCCCCUCCCCUCCCUCUAGCCCAUCCCAACGGCACCAUCACCAUGUCCCGUGAAAGGGAGUUUGAAGAUCUUCUCGCCGACCCACGUGACUUCCUCUCAUCUCGCUACACCGUCCAUACAUCUGUUCAUGCAUGCAUCUCGGGUCUGGGCCAUGGUGCUACAGCAGGCGCUGCUGCUGCUCGCCCCGCUACAGCAGCUUCUGCUGCUGCUGCUGCUGCUGCUCACAGUGCUGCAGCACCUGCUGCUGCUCACAGUGCUACAGCCGCCUCUCAUUGUGUUUAUGACGCUACAGCCGAUUUCCACGCUGGCACCCCCGCCACGUGCAGAGGCAGCAGCAGCGGGACGGCAGAGCAGGGGGCAUGCAUGCACGGGGAGCAUGGGCAUGCGCUUGCUGAUGGGCAUGAGCACGAGCAUGGGGGAGGAGGUGGGGAAGCAGCAGCAGAUGUCCGUGCAUGUGCGGGCGAUUUUGAACAGAUAGAGGGAAGAUGUUUGGAUGGGUGCUAUGGGGUGGAUGGAGGUGGGCGGCCGGAGCUGCCAGAUCUGGUGGUUGCAUUCGACACAGAGGAGGCGCUGCUGCUGCCGUUUCUCCGUUGUGCCGGGUACACUGAGGUACGUGCUUGGCUUUGGAAGGGUGCUACGGGGUGA